AUGUUCAACCACCGCAACGACACGCGCAAGCGUGGCGGUUGCCGCACCAUCCCAUUUGCCGUCAAACUAGCAGCUUCACGGCGUGUGUCCUCAAAUCAUCAGACACCAGGUCCGCCGGUAUCUGCCUGCACGGACGCCAGCACUCCCAGUGCGGCCCCGUGCGUGUAG